UGGCGCUCGAGACGAGCAGCUGCGGCUGAUGCGGUGGGGAUGAGGACGAUGAUGAUGAUGAUAAAGAUGCCGCUGAAUUAUUAGAAGUGAUGGAGAGGCUCCUGUCAUGGGCUCUUCAUCCCGGCUCGAGUGCUCAUGACAGCGGACUCAUUCAUUUGUGUAUCCUGAGGAAGUUCACCGGCUGGAUGCGCACUCUGAAGUGCCCCAGAAAGUGAGCAAGUGAAGCUCAAGGACGAACUCGCGGAAAAACACUUCUGGCACACACACUGCACUUCUGUUUGGAGGAGAAACUCAUUUGUUGUGCGUGUACCAUGUCUGCAGUGUUCAGAGCCGCUGGAUUUCUGAUGUGAGCCGGAGUUAUGACGCAGAAAUGCCCGGUUGGUGAUGCGCGCGGACAGCAUUACGCGUGAGCGCCACCGCGGCCCGCCAAUGACGGAAAGUUGACGAACACUCUUUUUUCAUUUCUUUUCUUUUCUUUUCUGUUGUUGUUCAGCCCCGCUAGAUUCCUCUUUUGAUCAGGAGAAGCGCGACGCGACGCGUACGUGGUUUGUUCGGCGUGCGCGCGCGCGUCGCGUCCUUCAAACCGCGUCUAGUGUGCGUUAUUCUGAGGGUCAACCCGUGUGUAGUGUUUGUCAGUCAAAGUGUGUAGUGUGCACUAUUUUGAGGGCCAUCCUUUGUCUAAUGUGCGUUAUUCUAAGGUGCAAAGCGUGCAUUAUUUUGAGGGUCAUCUCUUUUAUAGUGUGCGUUAUACUGAGGGUUAUUCCUUGUCUAGUGUGCAUUAUUCUGAGGGUUAUCUCUUGUAUAGUGUGCAUUAUUCUGAGGGUCAUCCCUUGUGUAAUAUGCACUUAUUCUAAGGAGUGUAGUGUGCAGUAUUUUGAGGGUCAUCUCUUGUAUAGUGUGCAUUUUUCAGAGGGUUAUCUCUUGUCUAGUGUACGCUAUUCUGGGGGUCAUCCCUUGUCUAGUGUGCACUAAUUCUGCAGUGUGUAGUGUGCAUCAUUCUGAGGGUCAUCCUUUGUCUAGUGUGCACUUAUUCUAAAUGUUUUCUAUUGUGUAGUGUGCAUGAUCCCUUCUGUAGUGUGCACUCAUUCUAAGGUGUGUAGUGUGCAUCAUCCCGAGGGUCACUGUCAAGUGUGAGGGCUCGUCAAGUGUGCGUGUCUAGUGUGCGCUCUUCUGAGGGACCGGCUGUAGCGCGCGCUCCGCCGAGGGUUGAUGUUCUUGUGGCCGCGGGUGCUGCUUGUGAUGGGCUGCAUUCAGAGCAUCAGAUGCAAACCCAAGAGUUUUCGGGACAGCAUCAUGGUUCUGGAGGUCAACUCCUCCAUCGACUCGAACCCCACCAGCAUCGACGAGUCCUCCAGCGUGGUGCUGCGCUACCGCACGCCGUACUUCCGCGCCUCCGCCCGGGUGCUUGUGCCGCCGGUGGCCGGCAAAGAGAGCUGGACGGUCGGCUGGAUCCAGGCGUGCAACCACAUGGAGUUCUACAACAAAUACGGAUCCAAAGGGAUGUCCAGCUGGGAGCUUCCAGACCUGCGAGAUGGUAAAAUCCAGGCCAUCAGCGACUCAGACGGCGUCAACUACCCGUGGUACGGCAACACCACCGAGACCUGCACCAUCACCGGCCCCACCAAAAAAGACACGCGCUUCACCGUCAGCAUGAACGAUAACUUCUACCCGAGCGUGACGUGGGGCGUCCCGGUGAGCGACAGCAGCGUCCCGCAGCUCAGCAGCAUCUGGAGGGACCAGAGCUUCAGCACGUGGCUGGUGGCCAUCAGUCAGAGCACAGGCGAGGUGUUGGUGCUGCAGACGGUGCGCUGGCGGAUGCGUCUGCACAUCGCCGUCGACCCCGAGAAACCGCUGGGUCAGAGAGCCGCUCUGUGUGAACCCACAGCACAGGAGCCGCCGCAGAUUCUGGGAAAAAACGAAGCCAUUCCUGCGAACGCUUUGGUCAAACCCAACGCUAAUGAUGCGCAGGUGCUGAUGUGGCGCCCUCGUGUGGGAGAGCCGGUGGUGGUCAUCCCACCCAAACACUGACACAACAAGCACACACAGGGGAAAAUACCACAGUGCAUCAGAGUAGAUUUAUUCCAGAACACACAGGCUUUUCACAGUCAUUUUCAUCAGAAAAUGUUUAUUUUGAUCAGUUUUUGGAGCAUUUUAACAAAGCUGAUUUAUUAAACAGUUGCGCUUAUUAAAAUAAGAGUCCAAAAUCUUGAGUUAUAGAUCAAUUAGAAUAAAAAUGAAGGGUUUCCUUUAUUUAUUUUAACAAAACUACCAACUAUAAAAUGACAAACUACAAAAUUUCAAUUACAUUUAUUUUUGUAAAAAAUACCUUCAGAAAUCUAGAUUUACAUCCAUUUAUUAGUGAAUAUAGACUUUUUUUGGGGGUGCAUUUGCAAAACAGUGUUAUUAAACAGUUAUAUUUAAUAAAUCAA